CAACAGUCUAGAUGUGGCCAAGAAGCAAGACAGAUCAAAAUCAGUACUGCAAGAUCUCCCUCACUUAUACGGUCUCGCCCAGAAGAACAAGCCGCCGGAUUCAUGGCCAUGGACGAGGCCUCGUCAGGCCUUGUGCAAUUCCUCUCGGAUCUGCAUCUCGAAGCCAGCAGAGACUACUCGACCUUUGACUUUCCCGUCACAGCACCCUAUCUCCUCUUCUCUGGCGAUGUCGGUAGUCUAUCCGACUACGACAUUUAUCUUGGGUUCAUCCAGCGUCAGACGGAUCGGUACAAGGGCGUUUUACUGGUACUUGGCAAUCACGAGUUUCAUGGUCUCACGUACGACGGGACGCUUGCAGAGGCGGCAAGGCUUGAAGCAGAGCCGUCGUUGGAAGGGAGGUUACAUGUACUCCACUGCCGCGGAUUUGAUAUCCCCGGUUCCAAUGUGAGCAUCCUGGGAUGCACUCUAUGGACCAAUGUCCCGGAGGAGGCGGGGGCUGCGGUCGUGAGAAAGGUCAAGGAUUUUCAGCAUAUUGAGGGAUGGAGUCUUGAAGCACACUGCGCGGCUCACAAAGAGGACUCGGGUUGGUUGAAGAGAGAGGCGAGGGAAGCGGUGGCGCGUGGGAGAGAGGUUAUUGUGACUACUCACCAUGCGCCUUCGCGAGAGGGGACGUCGGAGCCUAGGUUUGAGGGGGGCCCUUGGUCUUCUGCUUUUGCGACGGAUGUGUUGGAGGAAGUAGGGGAUUCUGUUCGGAUGAUUUGUUGGGUGUUUGGGCAUACACACUUUUCGACAGAUACGGGGGUGAAGGGUGUCAGGAUUAUGAGCAACCAGAGGGGAUAUGUUGGGACUGGGAGAGUUGCGAAGGAGGGCUUUGAUCCUACAAAGGUGUUAUCUUGCUAGGAGCAAGUGGUGAAUUUCAGCCUCAUACCAUUUGAAGAGAGAGGUUGCCAUUUCAUGAUGGCUGUCUGAUAGAUGGCAGCUUGUCAUCAGGCGAACCUAUUUGCUGUGUGUCUGUGAGCAAGUUGUGUUACACCGUUCAAAUAAGGAGUGGAAGCGGGAGUUAAGAUG